UUUGACAAAAACGUAAAAAUUGAAAAGAAACCCCGAAUUCUUGGAACCCUAAGGCGACUUGUCCAACUUCAUCUCUGACUUUUAGAGCUUCAAGUUAUCCCCCAGUAAUAAUAAGAACCUUGAAAAACAAAGCCUUUUUUUUUUUUUUCUAUACCCCCAUCUCUUCGAAUUAUUCCAUUAAGUCUUAAUCUUUCAAUUUGGAAGAAUAAAUCUUUGAAUGAUUCCUUCAUUCCAAUAAAAAGCCCAAAUCUUUGUUUUUGAUGUCAACAGAAGCUGCCACAACAAAUUUCCAAAGUUCAGAUUUCCAGCCGGUGGCGCAGCCGCCGGAUUUCCGGCCGGAGGUGACUGUCAGUCCCCAUGACGGGCUCCGCUUUUGGCAGUUCAUGAUUGCUGGCUCCAUAGCCGGCUGCGUUGAGCAUAUGGCUAUGUUCCCGGUUGACACCGUUAAGACCCAUAUGCAAGCUCUCGGGUCUUGCCCCAUAAAAUCAGUGGGUGUACGUCAGGCGCUCCGUUCCAUCCUCAAAUCGGAAGGCGUACCGGGGUUAUACCGGGGAAUAGGGGCAAUGGGUCUCGGGGCGGGUCCGGCCCAUGCCGUUUAUUUCUCCGUGUACGAAGUUUGCAAGAAGUAUUUCUCGGGUGGGAACCCGAAUAACUCCGCUGCUCAUGCGGUUUCCGGCGUUUUCGCGACGGUCGCGAGCGACGCCGUUUUCACCCCUAUGGAUAUGGUGAAGCAACGGUUACAGUUGGGCAACAGUGCUACUUACAGAGGGGUGUUGGAUUGCGUUAGGAGAGUGUUGAAAGAAGAAGGUUUUGGGGCGUUUUAUGCUUCCUACAGGACGACGGUGGUCAUGAAUGCGCCGUUCACGGCGGUUCAUUUCGCCACUUACGAGGCGGCGAAAAGGGGUUUGAUUGAGAUUUCACCGGAGAGUGCGAAUGACGAGCGGGUCAUUGUGCAUGCUACUGCUGGUGCCCUUGCCGGAGCUUCAGCUGCCGUUGUCACUACGCCGCUUGAUGUAGUUAAAACUCAGCUGCAAUGUCAGGGUGUAUGCGGAUGCGAUCGGUUCAAGAGUAGUUCUAUCAGCGACGUGAUUAAAACGAUAGUUAAAAAGGACGGAUACAAAGGCCUCAUGAGAGGAUGGAUUCCUCGAAUGUUUUUCCACGCACCUGCCGCCGCGGUCUGCUGGUCUACAUACGAGGCCGCUAAAACGUCCUUCCAAGAACUCAAUGCUAGCACCGAGAGUGGCAGUGUCACCUGAAAUACCUUACGAUUUUAUGGCCAAUGUAUUAUGCAGUUGCGUGACCGACAUCGGAAGGUAUGGUGGAAAGAUGUCGGGUUCACACAGUGGUGGUGGAGGCCUGGAGAGGUGAGGAGGACUUGCUUACAGGCAUUGUUAAUGGUGGCACCCAAAGGGUGUAUCCUCUGCAAUUUAUUGUAAUCAAUUGAAUGGUAAUAAAGGUUUGGAGUCAUUUCCUAGCCAGUUAUUUUUGUUAAAUCAUCAUCUGAGAUCUUUUGUUUUUGGUUUCAUGAAAUGCAAGGCUUUGAUUUUUAUACCCAAAAGAUUAAAAA